AUGGCGCUUCGGUUCUACAAUGGAGCGGCGCCUUUUCUCCUUGUUAAAGAUGUCGACCUGUUGAAGAAAGUGCUAAUCGAAGACUUCCAUGUGUUCCCUGAACGAGGGAGCAUCCUGAGCCUCGUGCCUGCGCCCGUAAGUCCGGAAGCGCUGGUGUUCGCGGCACGCGGCCACCGCUGGAAGUUUCUGAGAGGAGCUGUCAGUCCGGCAUUCACGACGAGCAAGCUGGCGCAAGCGUUCAAGGUCUUUGAAACCUCCAGCCAGGAAUUGGCGGACAUUAUCGGAAAACAAUGUGCUGUCGACACAUCAGUGGACGCAACGCUGCUGUUGCGGCGAUACGGCUUGGACACGAUUCUUAAGGCAGGCUUCGGCGUCGACAUGGGCGUGCAGAAAGCCGAACCAGGUGACUUUUGGGACAAGCUCGCCGUUGAAAGUUCCCGGCUGUUGGAUUCACUCGGGAUGCAAGGAAUCACUCUAAUAGCAACAUUUGCACGCAGGUUAGACAGCACGGUCCACGCAGUCGUCGCUGCUCUGUACUCCGUGGCCACGCAUAUGGACAUUCAGGAAAGACUGAGGAAAGAAAUUCAAGCCGCGCUCAAGGAGGAGGGCCAGCUCACCUAUCACGCUGUCGGACGAAUGAAAUACCUCGACAUGGUGAUCAAGGAAUCGAUGCGCCUAUAUUCUCAAACCGUUGGGUUUGUUGCAAGACGUGCGGUUUCCGACUACACGUACAAAGACCUUUUAAUACCAAAAGGUGUCAGCAUAGUAGCUGCUGCGAGCUGCCUCCACGUAGACCCAGAUAUGUGGAGCAACCCAACUGUGUUUGAUCCCGAGAGAUUUAGCGAUGAGAACAAGGCUGGCAUCAACCCUAUUUCCUACCUGGCUUUCGGAAGCGGUCCACGCAACUGUGUAGGCCGUGCGUUCGCCACGCUGAACGUCAAAACUGUUAUCGCCACGUUACUUUCGAGAUACCGAGUACGCAUGGACGAAGAGCGUCACAAGGCAACAACAAGCACGGUUUACCUGGCCUCCUCGCCGUCCUCCAGCUGCUUGUUCAACCUCAGCGACGUCGAAGACAGCACGUUCUACGACUCCACGCACGCAUCGCAGCCGUUCCUUGCGAACUCGCGCGCCCCGUCCGAAACCUCGACGGAGCGUCGCAGCUGCGCCAGUUCAGCUCGAAGCAGCUGCAAGCGGGACGAGGAAGCGUAUCUGACGUGCUUCGACUUGAGCAGCGCGUCGACGUGA